CUCCGGUCUGCUAUCAAGUGCACAGAUGCUGAUGCCCAAGAAGAAUCGCAUUGCUAUCUACGAGCUCCUCUUCAAGGAGGGAGUCAUGGUUGCCAAGAAAGAUGUCCACCUGGCCAAGCACCCGUAGCUGGCUGACAAGAACGUGCCCAACCUUCAUGUCAUGAAAGCCAUGCAGUCCCUGAAGUCUUGCGGCUACGUCAAGGAGCAGUUUGCCUGGCGUCACUUCUACUGGUCCCUCACCAACGAGGGAAUCCAGUACCUGAGAGACUUCCUCCACCUUCCCUCCGAGAUCGUGCCCGCUACUCUGCGUCGCCAGACCCGCCCUGAGACCGCCAGGCCCCGGCCCAAGGGGAUGGAAGGAGACAGACCGGCACGCCUCAACCGUGGAGAGUCUGACAGAGAUGCCUACAGGAGAUCUGCUGCUCCACCGGGUGUGGACAAGAAGGCAGAAGCGGGUGCAGGAGCAGCUGCAGAGUUCAGUUUUAGAGCUGGGAUUAGACCGUCGUGA